UGUAUUUUGUUUAGGAUUCCUGCUACACUAGUAGGCUAGCUAGCUAACGUUAUCAAGUUUAUGUCCUACUGCCUGGAAAAUACGGUUUAGUUGCUUUACAUUUUAUUCACAGACCACAGACCGACUGCAUCUGCAUGAAGAUGAUUGAAGAUUUCGAGAGUCACGAGACUCGGUCCAGCGGGGAGCUGUGGUCAGAGAUCUGCUCGAGCCUGCCUGACGUACAGGAGGAAGCUCAAGGCCAAGAGGGGGAUAAUGCCACACUGUUCACAGAUUCAUUCCAACCCUCACAUGUUGGCAAUGGCCUGCAAUCUCAUGGCAUGUCUACGAGUGCAUCCUCUCACAGCGUCUGGGAACCUAUGGAAGACUCGGAUGUCUAUAUUGCUAGUUUAGAGAACCGUCUGAAGAGAAUAAAGGGCCAGUGCACUGAGGUGACUUCCAGGGAGAUGCUGCGCUCCCUAUCUCAGGCCAAACAAGAAUGCUGGGAUAGAUUCUUGCAUGACGCUCAGAGCUCAGAACUCUUUCAGGAGGGUGAACUAGAUCAGAGUGCCCUGGAGCAUCUAAAGCGUUGGCUGGUACCUGAGAAAGUGGCCAUCAGUGCUGAGGAGCUGGAAUAUCUCCUCCUGCCGUCACUGAGCCGAGAGCAUAUCUCCACGGACCAAUCACAGAGUGGACCAGAGGCAGCCACUCAGAACCCUGAAGAGGACGAGAGUCACACACCGGAGAAAUAACUACCUGUUCACUUCAGACAUUUUACCAACGACCCUUAUAUGUUAUGUGUUAUUACUGGACAGGAACAUGAUGUGAUUUCUUAUACUUUUGUUAUUAGAUCACGUGUGUUUGGCUGUUUAUUAAUGUCUUGUCAAAACGGGAAAGAAUUCAAUGACAUAUCAUUGGAAAAACUGCAACGGUCCAUUGUUGGUUAUGUUACUUUUUUUUCUUUUUUUUUAAUAUUGUCAUGUUGAUUUUAUGAUAUGGUUCAAUAACAAAAUGCAGUUCAUUGUUAGGGAAUAUCCCGAAACCACACUAGUUGCAUUUUGUUAGGCUACUACACUAUGUUGCACCAGAGAUGAUCUCUAAUGUUGUAAUGAGCUAUGAGUCCUAUCCAGAGUAUUAAUAGUUAAGAUGAAAUCGUUAUAAAUGUAGCUACUAUAUGUCCAUUUCCAUAUGUAUGAAAAAUGUACUAGGUUCAUUACCAUGUGUAUGAUGUACUGCAUAUUUGAGAUUCUGUAAGUAUGAUGAGAGAUUCAUUUGUAUGAAGGAAUCUUUUGAAACAAUGCUAAUAAACUUGAAAAAAAGUA